UCAACAACCAGCUCUUUUUCCUCCAUGGAAACAAACCCAAAGCUUGGCAAACAAGUAAAACGCUUACCCGGCGGCUCCUCAGAAGAAGAUCAUAUCGAGGCUUCUGACCUCCGGAAUGAAAUCCUCUUGCCAGGCCUACCGAAUCACCUUGCCCAUCGCUGCCUCUCGUCUGUCCACCCAACCCUCCUAUACCGCGUCUGCCGUUCAUGGCGCCGCCUCAUCUACUCCCCUUCUUUCCCCCCAUUCUUCACCCUCUAUGCCCUUGUCUCACAACCUCAGCCCCAUAUGAACCAAGAGAGUAACAACAACUACUUCUUCUGCCUCGACCCACUAUCAUCAACUUGGCAGCACCUCCCCAGCCCACCAAUGGAGUCGCCUGUCCGGCUCCUCCAUCGCCACCCAUCUUUCCUGUCCCGGAAGUUGUCGAUUCAGUCGGUGACUGUGUCCGACCACCUGGUUCUCGUCGCGGCCUCAAACGACCAAUUCCAGCCUGCACUAGCCUGCCCGCUCGUCUUCCGCCCACUUACCAAGCAGUGGUUCUUCGGCCCGCAGAUCUCAGUACCCCGCCGAUGGUGUGCCACCGGCUCGGUGGGAAGCAGGGUCUUUGUGGCAAGUGGGGUUGGGAUCCACUACCGUGGCGAUGUGGCGCGGUCGAUGGAGGAGUGGGACCUAAGGAAGGAUUCCAAGGAGUGGAAGUGGGAGAGCAAGGCAGGGUUCAAAGACGGCAGGUUCAGUAGGGAGGCUAUAGAGGCUGUCGGAUAUGGAGGGAAACUUUGCAUGGUGAACGUGAAGGGCAAUGCGAUCAAGGAAGGUGCGCUGUACGACGUCGAGACAGAUCAGUGGGAGGAGAUGCCUCAGGGCAUGGUAGCAGGCUGGAAUGGGCCAGUUGCAGCCAUGGACGAGAGCACCAUGUACGUGAUCGACGAGGCAGAUGGAGCCUUGAGCCAGUAUGAUGGAGAGAAAGACAGGUGGGAUGUGCUCCUCGUGUCGGAUCUACUCAAGGGGGCGGAGCAAAUUGCUGCGGCAAGGGGAAGGGCAUGUGUCGUGUGUGCGAACGGGGGUAGGAUCGCUGUGGUUGAUGUUGUGACCAGGCCCGUCAAGGUUUGGGUCGUGCAGCCGCCCCCUCUGUUGCAAGUCGUAGCCCUGCAUAUACUUCCAAGGAUGACUCGACAAAUGGAAUAGCAAGUUUCAAGUUUAAUAUUAAGCUAUAUAAUGUUGAUGUAUUUCGUAUUCAUGAGAGAAGGGGUAAGCUUCCUGAAGAGGGAAUACUGUUUGAAUGCGGUGUACAAGAGCAAAGACAAUGGAUUUAUUUCAUAAUC